AUGAGGAGGCACGAGGAUCGAUGGUGUGCCCGCCCUGAGGGUUGGCAGCGACGUCGUAGUCGACAUGAUGCACUAGGCCUGCAUCAACGCCGUCGCCGUCGUCGUCGUCGCCGAAGCCGUCGUCAUCCACACAUAUGUCGUUGUCCAGAUCUCAGU